UGCUUCUCCCUGGCAGCCAAGCCAGCUGACCCUGAGCGGAGUUAAAGACCCUGCGUCCCAACGUCUCUGGGGCCAGCCUUAUAACUCUAAAUAGGUUUCACUUGCCUCCAAACUCCAGAGAGACUCUCCUGCCAAUCAUCAUGUCAUCCUUUCAAGAAGUUCCAUCUUCAAGUACUGCUCUACAGACUUCAAACUUUGCUCAUGUUAUCUUUCAAAAUGUGGCAAAAAGUUACCUUCCUAAUGCACAUCUUGAAUGUCAUUAUACUCUGACCCAGUACAUCCAACCACACCAAAAGGAUUGGGUCGGUAUUUUCAAGGUUGGUUGGAGUACUGCUCGAGACUAUUAUACAUUUCUGUGGUCACCCAUGCCAGAAAAUUAUGUGGAAGGAUCAACUGUUAACUGUGUGCUUUCUUUUCAAGGAUAUUAUCUACCAAAUGAUGAUGGAGAAUUUUACCAGUUCUGUUAUGUUACUCACAAGGGUGAGAUUCGUGGAGCAAGCACCCCUUUUCAGUUUCGAACCUCUUCUCCUGUUGAAGAAUUGUUGACUAUGGAGGAUGAAGGAAACUCUGAUAUGUUGGUGGUGACCACAAAAGCUGGACUUCUUGAGUUUAAAAUUGAAAAAACAAUGAAAGAAAAAGAAGAGCUCUUAAAGGUAACUACUAGUCUGGAAAAAGAGACUGUACAACUUAGAGACCAACUUGAAAGAUUGGAAAAAGAACUUAAUCACGAAAAGCAGAGAUGUGAUCAGCUGCAAGCUGAGCAAAAGGAUAAUCUUCAGGCUUCAGAAAUUCUUAAAAUUGAAAAUGAAGAACUAAAGAAAAAGUAUGAUGAGACUACAUCGAAAGUUCUCCAACUUGAAGAAGAUAUCAUGACUGUUACUCAGAAAGCUAUUGCAAAAGAAACAGAGUUGGACAGUCUGAAAGACAAAUUGAAGAAAGUCAUUUUUGAGAAGGAACAACUUGAAUGUCAGUUAAAGACUGAGAAGGAUGAGAAGGAACUUUACAAGAUACACUUGAAGAAUACAGAAAUAGAAAAUACCAAGCUAGUAAAAGAGGUCCAUACAUUAAAGAAUUUGGAUGCAAACAAAGAAAACAUGAUAUCUCAUUACAAAGAGGAGGUUGGAAAGUUACAGCUAUACAUAGCUGAAAAAGAAAACCUGAAGAGAGCUUUCUUGCUUUCUUCCUCAAACAAGGAGGAUGCAGAUAUUUUAAAGGAACAACUUCGGAAAGCUGAAGAUCAGAUUCAAGCUAGCAAACAGGAAGCUAUCUUACUGUCAAAAGAGCUGAGUGAUACAGUAAAUGUGCGAGAUAGGACAAUGGCAGAUCUUCAUACUACUCGACUAGAAAAUGAGAAAUUGAAGAAGCAGCUUUCUGAUACUGUAGCAGAGCUCAAAAAAGUCACUCUUGUGAAAAAUGAACAGGAAAUUUCAAACACAGUAGAGCAAGAACUGCGCAGAGAGGUUGAGGAUCUGAAGCUUCGUCUGCAGAUGGCUGCUGACCAUUACAAAGAAAAGUUCAAGGAAUGCCAAAGGCUCCAAAAACAAGUGAAUAAACUUGUAGAUCAGACAAAAAAUGCAGGGAAUCAACAGAAAGUGACAGAUGCUUCAAACAUUGAGACAGCUACUGCGGUUGUUACAGAUAAAAAGUUGACCUCAUCUCCAGCUAGCCCUGGUAUAGUUUCAGAGUUCACAGUAAAGGAGCAAGCACGUGAAAUGAACAAAGAAAUUACUGAGAAAACAGAGAAGUAUAAGAAAUGCAAGCAAAUGUUAUCAGAUGAGAAGAUGAAAUGCAGCGUUUAUGCUGAUGAAUUGGCCAGAUUGGAGCUGAAAUGGAAAGAACAAGUGAAAAUCAGUGAGAGUGCAAAACUCCAGCUAGCAGCAAUGGAGGAUCAGUAUAAAGUUCAGCUGGCAGAAAAAGAGAGAGAAAUAAAAGAGCUGAUAUCACAGUUGGAAGUCUUCACCAGUGAAAAGGAACAUGGAAUGAAUCCUGAAAAUCAAGCCACAAAGAUAACUAAGGGGCAGAUUUCUCCACGUGAUUUACAUUUUCUCAAUCCAUACUCAGAGAAUAGUGGACUGGUUCCUGCAGUGCCAAGUAGAUUACCAGUACUGAAAUAUGGAAACCCUUAUGCAACCCAGGAAACAAGAGAUGGAGCAGAUGGUGCUUUUUAUCCUGAGGAGAUCCAAAGGUUACCUGUAAGGACUUCCUCUUGGGAACUGGAAGACAACGUAGUCUGCAGUCAGCCUGCUCGCAACCUUAGUCGACCUGAUGGUCUAGAAGACCCUGAGGAUAGCAUUGAUGACGAUGAGACCGUACCUUCUGCUCCUGAUCCUCCAAGUCUUCUCUUACAUGAGCGUGGAGCAGGUUUUUGUUUUGACUCCAGUUUUGAUGUGCACAAGAAGUGUCCUCUUUGUGAAGUGAUGUUUCCGCCUAACUAUGACCAGAGCAAAUUUGAAGAACAUGUCGAAAGUCACUGGAAAGUGUGCCCCCUGUGCAGCGAGCAGUUCCCUCCUGACUAUGAUCAGCAAGGUUUUGAAAGGCAUGUUCAGACGCACUUUGAUCAGAAUGUUUUAAAUUUUAAGUAGACAAGUAAAAAGUAAUUUUUGUUUGGGUUCUUCUGCAGUUAAGCUUAAAAUUUCCAACAGGCAGUCCAUCUAUAGAACAGAAAUUGCAGCUUUCAUAUAACUCAAUCAGAUAUCUAAAUGCUACUUUUAGUAUAAAAUGCUCUACAGUGUAAUUGGAAUUGAGGGAAAUUUUUGACCUAUCAGCAAUUGUCAGGUUAGCCUUUCAAUAUUCUAUAAGGGAGGAAAAAAAGAACCUUGUGUGUCUGUGUUUAUUUCCCUGUUUAGUGAAUACUGUAAGGACACAUGGAGAACUUGGAUGUAAUUAGCCUCAGAAACAUAAGUCCAGUUUCUUGGUGCUGCUGUUCAGUUAUACAGAAUCACCAGAGGUUUCUCUUGACCAUGAUAAUUGGAGCAUGAUUAAAUAUUAAAACUUAGUUAUGCAAUAAAAGGAUAUUUCGCAUAGUAAUCUGAAGUAUUUCUUUGGAUAAUUUUUGAUUCAGAACAUUACAUAAAUUAACCUAUGAAAAUGUAAUUUUUUAAUUCACUUCAAGAAUGUAGUUCCAUGUACUGAGAUUACAUGCUUUCAACAAAAAAUUUAUGGCAAAUACUUUACUUUUACUUAUAAAACAUUUGCCUUAGAGGAUAACUAUAAAUAAAGUACAUUAUGCUUUAAAGCAAGUAUUUUUAUGAAUUGAAAGGAAUUGCUAUGCUUAAGCUGACUGGUAAAUAAUUGUCUAAAAAUCACUACCAUUCAGUUGUAGUUAAUAGAAAAUACUAUUUGGAAAAACUCAUAUUCCAAUACAUGUUUUCAUAGUGAAUCAAAUAAGUGAGCUGUGUUUUAAAAUUCUUUGGCAUCUUAAUUUUGCACAUUCUUUCAAAUAUGUACUUAUAUAUAUCUAAAAACAUUUUAUAUUUAAAUAAUUACUUUCAAAUAUGUAUUAAAUAAACUAGGAAGUAAUUUGUUCCUUUGGAUGAAAUAAUUUGCUGUUCACUUGUUGUACAGUAGUCCUGUUACAUUAAAGGCAAAAUUGUUCAUGGAA